AUGUGUAGCAGCGACCAGAACUGUGCGGGCAAGGGACAGGCCACGGCCGGGAGCUACACAGGUCAGAGUGGUGGCGGCGGGGGAGGAGGCGGAGGCGGUGGCACCGGCGGUGGAAAUGGGGACGAGGACUACGAGAUCCCCCCCAUCACUCCACCGAACCACCCCGAGCCCCCUCUACUUCACCUGAUGGAGCACGACUCUACAGGCUACCUCUGCCACUCGCUGCCACACAAUGGGCUCAUCAACCCGUAUUCCUACCCAGAGCUGCCCACACUCAUGAUGUCGAACAUGCUGGCGCAGGACGGCCACCUCGUUUCCAGCCAAAUGCCCUCGAUGCAGGAGAUGGCUUUGCACCACCACCACCACCACCACCAACAACAGCAACACCGUCACCAGCACCCGGGCGGCGCUCAUUACAACCCUGCCCAUAACCACCCCCUGAUAAACAGCUCACCUCCGAUACUGCCCAACCCCAUGAGAGCACUGUCCCAGCUGAACUCUCAGGUCAGCCGCAGUGCGCUGCCUCACGGCUCCCCCUCACCUCCCGGAAGUAAAUCGGCCACACCCUCCCCCUCGAGCUCCAAUCAGGAAGAGGAGAUUGAUCCUCAUGCGAAGAUCACAGGCGAGAAGCGGCCAUCUUCAGAGAUGAUGAAGCCCAAACCCAAGCCCCAAAAAAAGAAGAAGAAGAAGGAUCCCAAUGAGCCCACCAAGCCUGUGUCAGCCUACGCUUUGUUCUUCAGAGACACCCAGGCAGCCAUUAAGGGACAGAAUCCCAACGCCACCUUCGGUGAUGUAUCCAAGAUAGUCGCCUCCAUGUGGGACGGACUGGGAGAGGAGCAGAAACAGAGCUACAAGAGGAAAACGGAGGCUGCGAAGAAAGAGUACCUGAAAGCCCUGGCCGCCUACAGAGCCAGCCUGGUUUCCAAGACGUAUAACGACCCAGUGGAGACAAAAAGUGCCCAAACGAGCCAGGCCUCUCCACACAUGAUGCCAGCCAACCCGCCCCUGUACAGCGUGCCACAUCCUCCCCAGCCGUCGUCACCCUACCUGGGGCCCGGGGCCUUCCCUCUCACCGACCUGCAGAGCUACGCAGGACACGCCCCCCGCCACACCCUGUCGCAGACGCUCAGCCAAUCGCAGAUGCUGCCCAGCAUUAGUGCCUCUCCCCCUUCCUCCUUCCAGAUCAGCCCCCCACUUCACCCCCACCAGCAGCUCUCCCUGCACCAGAGCUCGCUUCUCAACCAGCCUAUCCGCAUGCAGCAGGUCCAGUCCCAGCCAAUCAUCCCUCACCAGAUGGGGCUGCAGGCCUCUCUUCACUCCCCGCCUCAUGGGCAGCAGGGUUUCUCCCACCUCCAGUCAGAGUAUCAGAAGAGUAUUGGUGGUUCCCAGUCUCCAGGAGCCCCUGGUCCUGGUCCAGGCCCUGGAGUGCCUCAGGGCCACGACUGGGACGGUGAAUACUGCAAUCGGGAGUGUGGCAACCACUGCAGUGGCAGCAUGAUAGGCAGGGACAAGCCACUCUACCUCACCUGAAACUGAAGAUCUCUGUCAACAAAUACGACACCGAGGAGUCUACUGUCACCCCCCCCCCCAUCAACCAUCCCCCUCUCCCCUUUCUCCUUCUCCUCUGAUGCACACACAUAACAUACACACAGUGCACACUUAACAUACAAUUACACACUCCCACAUACAAACACACACACAUUCUGCCUCCCAGACACCAUCACACACCACCACCUUUAUUUGUCAAUGUAACUAUUAUUAUUUUGUUUCUCAGUUUCUAGAAGAAUUUGUGACCGGAGUUUUUUGACUAGAUGACUACUGUCUGUACCACUUAAUGUAUUAGCAGUCCUCUCGCUGUUUAAAUUUGCCAAGCACUUACGAAGCGACGCCCCCCACCCCACCCCUUUCCUUCCCCUCCUCUGUCUGAGUUGUGCGUCUGUGCCCUCUCGGAGACAGACCGGGCCGCUGAGCACUCCUCUGCUAUGUCACAGUCCCCUCAGGGGCCACAUCCAGCUUUAAUUAGAA